AUGCCCAGCGAGAACGCAGACCCAUCCACCGACGGAGAACCAGGUGCCAUAGAACCUCCAGCGCACACCAGGCUGCGAGGGCCAUGGUUUGAUGAAUCAUAGCAUAUCAAACGCACACAAUCCUCAAAGCCCAGAGGGAUGAGACACAGCCCUGGUUUUAGCCUGGACCAUCACUCCUGAAAGGCCGGAUAGCCAGUCAGUCAUGGACUGAGAGACACUGCACAUACAGGCCAGUGCCAGAGGUCAUGUUAAGAAGCAGUCGUUGCAGUUUUUCUCUCCGUUCUGAGGGGAAGAUAGAGCUAUCCUGUCGGUUGGCAACCUUCAAAGUCAUGAUUUUUAGUACGUCGCGAUAGUCCAGAAAACACGCAGAUUGUUUAUAGUGAGGGAUAUGCGCUGAGUAUCGGCGACCCCCUCCCUCCCCUCAUAAUGGAAGGCCUCUUUCUGCAUGUCGUCAGCGUCCAGCCUCCCGGAGCACACUGAAGCAAAAGUAGUGUCAAGAACAGCACUGCGAAUGCCCGCCAGUUUAACCCCCAAUCCCAUAUGAUCCCAUCGUAUAAAGGACGCUCUAGCUUGCUGACUCAGAGCGGUUGCGACACCGCAUCAACCAGAGUUGUCAGUUGGUGUAAACUACUGGGAAUUUAUUGCUGGGCGGUUCAUGAUGGGGCAAGCGCCACUCGAAAACGUCCACGUUGACUGCCAUAACGCACCCCUGGCAAGGCUCUGCAGUUUCAAUGCAAGAAUAGUUUUCGCUCUCUAAAAUUCGAUGCGCAUUCCUCUCUUCCUUCCGUUGAGAUCAGCAAAACAACCUGUUGAUAUCCGAACGCAUCGCUUGUCACGGGCCCUGCUAGGUAAUCCAAGAAUUGUUAUUGGUUGCCUUGAGGUCGUAGAGUUCCCUUGGUUGGUACUACUGCGGUCCCCAAGUUCUUUGAAAGGCAGCAGUGCUAAGGACAUCUAUUAAGUGAUAGUUCGUGCAUGCCGUUUUAUGGUGACGUUGCCAGACUUGAAAUGCAUUUAUAAGAUAAUCAGUUUGAGGAUGACCUAACCUCUGCAUCCCGAUACCGCUGACAGUGUCGCAUUUCUUAAGUCUUAUUGAUUCAGUAUUGUCCCUAGGCCAAGGUGGUUGUAAGAGGAAUAUGUAAAACCGACGCUGCACAAACCACACAUAGUGAUCCCAAGUCCGAGUCGUCAUUCCUCUUUCGUCGCGGAAGUUAUUGUUGUUUUUUUUUCUUUUGCAAUACUACUUCGACUAAUUAGGUAGACAUAUUUGCGCAUCACGCCCUUGGCAGCAGUGAAUCCGAACCCACAGCUUCAGCUCCUGUGACUGGGAUUGUAAUUUGCCUUAAAAUGUAAUUGUGCGCACAUUUUAGUUGAUCAUGUUCCUUCUGAAACCGAUAUACCCACCGAACCACCGGAGGUCUUAACCGACCCGGCUGACUACGCCAAACACCUCGAAGAGUUCAAGCCUACGGCCUGGUCAAGCCUGCCAGACAAUCCUUUCUAUGAGACCGCGGACGUCUUCUUCGAUCUUCAGGGAGAAAUUGUGCCUGGUAGGGGUCAACAUACUAGAAGGGUUGAGGUGACCUGUCGAGGACGCUACGCCUAUCAACUUGACGAAUUCGACGCCUACUUAAGGGUAAGAUUGUUCUUAACCAUCGCGUAACAAACGGAUCAUUGUCGAUGCUAAACCUGAAGUCUAGUUUGUAAAAAUUUAGACUGUUGAAACCGACCUAAAUACUCCGAUUGGCUUGUUGUUAACUCCAUGAACCGCAUACUUUGUUCAAAUUAUACUGAGUUCUGCGUUGGAAGCCCAAUGUAAUAAAAACCGCCAAACUACGAGUAUAGCUUACUGUCGUAGUUUGUAGAAAAGAGGAAUGACUAUGUCUGUUUUGUAUGCACUUACAAACACGUUAUACCCUACUGGAAAGCAGAGUAGACAAACGACUGCUUCAGCUGACCAACUGAAGUAGUGCAUACUUGGCUGUCGCCUGUCAGGGAAUUGGUGAUUUUGGCUGGCUAAUGAUAAUAAAUGAGUCAAAAAGGUCAACCUGUACUCGUUCCGUUCGUGUAAAGAAUAUGCCCUUGUCAGUUGCCUGCGAGGGCUCUAAAUCGCAGCGUUCGUACUCCGUCUUGCAAGAAUAACAGUUCUGUCGACGAUAUUCACAUGAGGCAUUGGAGUCUUCUCCGCACACGAGGUGACGCCAGUUGAACAGGCUCUAGGGUUAGAAAAUAGUCCGCUCCCGAUAGGCCAAGAGGAACGAAUUACCGAAUACUACAUAUAAUUGACAGGCGUAAAUGUCAAAAUAUGGGGAGGCGGGCAGAGAGCCAGCGACUAGUUUACGCCAGAAUUUUUCUAACUGUGGGUGCCUUCCUACUACUCCUGGUUUGCUCUAAUGAAAUUUCAUGGUUGUUAUUGUACUUAGAAUGUGACUUAUAGCAAUCAACACUAGUUGAUCCCUCCAGAAUUAAAAAAAAGGCAGAAUUCCACCUACCUCGUUUAGGACUUGCUGAUGGCGACCAACUAGUGCAAGCGUGGAUUAGAUUCAUAAAAUAUACAUACGAUCGGGUAAGUACGACAUUUCCGGUGGUACACACCGAAUAAAGAAUCUUGAUGAAUCUAAAGGGAGAAAGAAGCGGUAUCUAAAAAGACCUGGUCUUUCUUGUUCAAGUGGAGGCUGGAGGUUACUCGCAUUAGGAAUGAACAGAGUAACAGUCCUCUCUCGCGGAUCGUGCCUUCUUCCCUUUCUCCUACUCGCGAGUUCGAAUGUCAAUCAAAUGCACCUGGCGGUCUGCGUACCCUAUUUCACAUGCCUUUCAAAUGAAGGUAUUUCAAGUAUCCAACAAAUCAUGGAGUACAGGUGCCUAGCUAUUAAAUAAAAGUCGUUGGCCACUGAAAUUAACACUAUGCAAUCGCCCAGCGAACCACACAUAGAAAAUGCUGGAUAUAUGCUGACAGGACUUAGUAGCUCCAAAUGUGAAAUCGAAGAUCAGCAGAUCACUUUCAUUCCGGGACAAAGAUUUUCUGCCCAUCUGACUUUCGGGUUUCCAAACUCCCUUGUUGCAAUAAAGAUUUUCCAGUCAAUCGUAAAAACCGUCCUAAUGCUGCAUGCGAGAGUCCCAUCUCCACUCAUAAACAUGUGGAAUGUCAAGUAAUAAGAGGACCAAACGAUAGACUGGCCAACAAGAGAUUUCUCCGAGCCAUGUAUGACCUCGAGAUUCUUUGGAUACGGAAAGACUCGGCUCAUAAGUCUGGAAAGAGACAGUUCUCGACAGAUGUUCUAUAAUAUUUUGGAGACACGAAAUUAACAAACCGGAAAGCUAUCCUCCUGCAACAACCGUGAACAUGCAGAACCCCAAUAUCUCUCGGGGGGGAGUCACCGCUGACUCCGCAUAAUUCGAUAUUCUUUCACCGCGAUGGCGGGAAAGGCCGUAAAUCGUUUACCAGAUUUGGUACAAUUCCGGGCUAAACAACUACGUUGCGAAUCUGGAAAGUUGCUCUGGACAGCUAGCUCUUAGACGGCGGUUCAUUCGACCAGACCGUGGCACAUCUUUACUUUUGACGGGACCGAACUUCUCACAUGAGUUGACAACUGCGUGAGCUGCGAGCUGCUUUAAGUAUAGUUCUCCGACCCGCAUCCAAUUAAUGAGUUCAAUGACCUUGCACCUCAAUACUCCGUGCUGGGGUUUUGUCUGGGCGAAAUAAUUAGCAACAUGGGAAGGGCGAAGGCGACCAAUAGUUCUGGUGACAGUGAGCCAAAUGACCGAGUAAUCAUCAUGCCAAGAAUCACCAACUCGAGUACGGACCGAAAAACAGCCAUUGCAUCAAAUAUGGCCCUCAACGAUGCAUGCGAGGGCUGCUAAUUAUUUGAGACACGUGGUUACUGCCAGGUGACGGCGUCCUACAAACACUGCACCCCCUGUGCCUCUACCACCCGUUUGCUCGGCCUUCUAUGAUGAUGGGUUUGCGCGAGAAUCCGAGACGCCAGGCCAAUAACAUCCUUGCUCCAGCGACUGCAUUUUCUUUUUCUGAACCGGCCCAUUACCUUUUAUUGGUAGUAGACAGUACUCUGGACUGCAACCGACUUGGACAUUGAGUCCGCGACGCAAUGACAGAGCGCUAGACCUAAUAACACCCUAUGACGUAGGAACGCGGGUCGGAGACUCGGGUUCAAAUCAGAUCAGAUUUAUUAAGGAAAGGGUAGGCGAGCGCCUUUGCACUCCCUGUUGGUUACAAUAACGUCAUAAAAACAAUGUGUAAGGCAAGUGUCAAAGAAAAUAUGGUAAGUGUUUGCAUGCAACUAGCUUUGGUUACUGGUAUAAAUUUGUCUGUGAAUGCCUUCUAUGUCAAAAUUGUACAACAACCAGUACGCGGUACUGCAUAGGCCAAGUAAUGUCGAAGAAAACGUAUAUACUUCAGCCAGCCGAUAACGAAAAGUCAUAAAAUAAUGCCAAUUAAACAUAGGGAGUAGCAUACUUGGCAACGUAAAACUUUGGUGGUGGUAGGGCUGGCUGAUGAGGACAGUAAGCCAGAAACGGUCAACCCGGUCCCCCUUGUUUUUCUAGGUAUGCUCCAUCUGUAUAUCAUACAGAUGGACUGCGACCACUUAUAAGGGUUUUGAAAUGAACUCCAGGGCACUAUUGAACCAGCCGUUGAAAUCGCGUCAAGCAUGGGAUUUAUUAGUCCUUUAUAUAACUGUUAAACGACAUCGAAAUGUGAAUGAUGCUUGAUUUUUUCGAGGACAGUACGCAGUUUUUGUGCCUUAAUCCAGCUCAUUCAGGAGCUGAGAUUAGAUGCACACUAAUAAUAAUGCCCCAAGCCUAUCGUGGCCAGAGUUGGGGACAAAAAUUCCACGAGUAUAUCAGAUCUCGGUAACAAACUGUUCAAGAGAAUAUGGGCACAUUUAUGGCGGCAAUGGUGGUCCUUCCCAGUAAAACCUCCCAGUCUGCAGUGGAUUCCACCUAUCGUUGUAAGAGAAAUCUUAGUGUCACAAGGUAUGUUAAGAAGUUUAUGGUCAUGUAAUUCGAAUGCAGACCUCUAACUACUGUAAAGUACAACCCAACUGACGACAACAAUCAGGCUGGAGCUAAAAGCUCAAAUUCAUUCUGUCUUUCUAGAUUUGUUCAUUUUUAAGGGCGAAUUUGAAGGAUUAAGCUUCCAAAGGGAAUAAUAGAUCGUGACAUUAACUCCAAAAUCAAUAAGAUGCGUCGAAUUCCCCCUCCACCCAUAAAUCGUUUUCUCAUUCCGCUGAUAACGCCUGAUCCCGUUUCUAGAUCGCCGACAUCUCUCAGCCGGGACAGUGUGUCAACCAUCUGGAAAAGUGCCCCGAGGGUAUCUCUGUGGGUGCGUGGAUCUCCCUGCCUGCUAAUCUGACAGCUCAGGAAAGGCCUCUUAGCCUUUUCGAGAUCGCUGGAGAGCUGAAAGUCGCCGUUUACGGAGAAUUCCUACAUGUUUUUGGUAAGCAGCAUUCCAACAUAUUCUUGCUUCGUGUAAAUGUGUUGCGGAUCUAAGUGUUAUCUAAUUGCGCUCAGAAAAAUUUUCAUGUUCAUCCAAGUGCGCCUCGAAAUUGAGCGUCUAAAAAAGUCUAAGACAGUCUCAUCAACUUUACAGUGUCAUUUGUGUAAAUGGCGCUGCUGUAUGCUGCAAGUACCCUCAAAUGAAGUUUUCUCAACAUUAGCAUCAGUAUGUAUCAGCAUCAGUGCAUUUUAUGGAAAGUAGGUGUGUACCUUUGAAAUCCCUAUUGGUUGCAUACAGAGGAAGUAUAUAGAGAAAAUGGAAAAGAAGUAACAUGAAAGAAAUACAACGGGGAUAAAAACUGUACAGAUGAACACAGAAUGACAUGCCUCAACGGAAUUUAGAGGCACAUGAGCUCGGUUUGUUGAGUAAAUGCAGCAGAAAGUUGAACCACACUUAAGAUAAAGGAAAAGAAGUAAAAAAUUUUAGUCUACAGGCGUCGCGGUGAAUGCGAGCAGCGGUGUGCGACGUGGCCCCAAAGUAAUAAAUUACAUAAACAUAUGUUAUUUGAAGUUUGGUAGUAGCAUCGUCAUAACACUAAAUUGUUAACGUUGGCUAUCAAGGUGGCCGUAGUCCGGCGUUAUUGUGGUGCGCGCUCCAAAAUUGCUCUGGCCUCCGUUUAAAAGUAUCUACGGAUCCCGGCCGACAUAAGAACACCUUCAGACAAGGCAUUCCAAGCUGCAACCACUCUGUUGGAGAAGAAGAACUUUCAUGUGUCUAGCCGGGCACCAGUCACAUGCAAUUUGAGUGGAUGGCCUCUCGGGUUAGUCGUAGUCGCCAACUCGAAGAAGACACCUGAUGCGAGGCAGCAGCCCUGAUUGCGCACGAUGCGGAAAGCUUGUAUCAGGUCCCCACGUAUCUGUCUGUAACUCAAAGUAAAGAGGUCAAGAUUAGCUAAUCGUGUUUCGUAGGGUAGUGACCACUGCCCAAAUACAAGUUUCGUUGCUCGCCGUUGAACUUUUUCGAGUAUGCCGAAGUCUUUAGCCGUCCAGGGUCUCCAUACUUGGAUAGCAAACUUCAGAUGCGGUCGCACGAAAGUUUGAAAGUUAUUGUUGAAGCAGACUUCAUCAAAGGAGGAGAAUGCCCGUUUGACGAGGUAUAGAAUGGACAUCGUCGACUUGGCCACCUUUGAAUAUUGCAGCGAAAGGCCUAAGCGAGGUUGUGAUCCGUACACUCAAGUCCUUCUGGGCGUCAACUUCUUGCAGUGGUUUUCCAGUCAGACGGUAGACCGUGCGGUUAGGAGAACUGGUUCCGCCGACGCGUGGGAAGUAACAUUUCCUACGGCUAAGAGGCCUUUCCUGAGCUGUCAGAUUAGCAGGCAGGGAGAUCCACGCACCCACAGAGAUACCCUCGGGGCACUUUUCCAGAUGGUUGACACACUGUCCCGGCUGAGAGAUGUCGGCGAUCUAGAAACGGGAUCAAGCGUUAUCAGUGGAAUGAGAAAACUAUCUAAGGCUGGAGAGGGAUUUCGACUCAUCUUAUUGAAUUUGGAGUUAAUUAGGGACAAUUAAUUUUGCACGUGGUACUGCGAGGGUUUCAGAAGUCAACCUUUUUCGUUAGACUAAUCCUGAGUUGGGGCUUAUAAGAGGUUACAGAGGCUCGAAAACCUAGCAGCACUCCGUUAAUUCCCGUUAAAGUUUCGGCAAUGAAAGCCCAGGUCCACCCCACAGUCUCAUGGUCGUUUGCAUAGCAUGAAGGCCUCAGUAAUGAAACACAACAGUUUAUUGGCCGGAAACCCUGUUUCUCCUGUUUCAGUCUUUAACGGCAGCCACUGGGGCACUACACGGCUCACUAAUGUCCCGCCACGGAGUGUGACCUUCAACUUGGGCAUAUCAGUGCCAGGGGGACUAGUAGAGGGCGUGGACAUCUUCAUUAACGGCUACCAAGGUGAGACCAUGCGCCUGGGAGCGCCACCCCCACCGGCUGAUCAGCAUUCUGCAGUAUCCCCUGGCGAGUGGAUCCUCGGCAGCUGGGAACAGAAUGCUGCCGCCAAGGGAGCCACGGUCUCGGACCUCGUGGGCUGGAAAAGGUUCUCCCUACCCUCAGAAGGCCACCGUUUUCUGGGAUACACUCGUAAGCAUGGCAUUUAUUCACUAUUUUCAACAAUGCGUCAAAUUCAGAGACAGACCUCUCAUCCUACGAAUGUAUGGACUUCAGCCUACAUUGAUAUUGCACUUUCGCGCGAUCUCACCGGAGUUCCAGUCAUGUUCCAGUUUGAUCCUCCACCAGUUGCUAACUUGAUGGCUUUUGUUUCCACCACCAUUGUCGCCUGUGUUGGCCUAACGAGUGUUACUGCUGCGCAAGGUAUGGGCGACUGGCUGGACGUGGUGGUAAUAGCUGCCGCCCUAACUAUUCACAUUGAAAAGUCAAUUUGGCAAACACGUGUUUUCGGUAACUCGUCAUCAGACCAAAACAGUUACAUAGAAAUUGAAAUUAUGCGAAGUUACAGGGCUUAUAAGUAAUUCAGGGGCUAUUAACACUCACCGUCCCCAAGCCACUCGCAUGGCGAGGCGUGCUAUGGCGUGGUCGGCGUGUUGUGGCCAAUGGGUCUAGGGGCGAGAGGGAGGGGGGCAUAGGCUGUGGGUAAUGUUUGUACGUCGGGUACGUUGUGCACACACCACUGCCAUCAGGAGGUUGGGACGAUGCGCAAUCAUCAUCUGGGGUCGGCGUUCGCCACGGAGACAGACCGCCUGUGUCAGCGUCGUCUGACAACAUAACACUGGAUUGGCUAGCCGUAUAGCCACUGCCUUGGCGUAAGUCUCUGGAGAAGCUUGCUGGUGUCCGGUAGACAACCUGAAAGGCUUCUUUGGCAUCGACUCGGUGAUUCGUAUCCACAAGAUGUGCGAGAAUAGAACUCGAAAUCGAUUUCUUCUCACCUUUGCCUAGCCAGGCCGGUAUGUGUUCACGUACUCUCUUUUCCAAGCGCCUCGUUGUGCGGCCAAUAUAUCCCCCCAACAGGAGCAACUGAAUGAGUAAAUACAUAUCGAUGUGGCCUGCAACGGGAGGCGCUCUUUACCUCCCAAGCGUAGGAGGGGAGAGUUCGUAAAACAUACACGUAAAUUAGCUGAGGGGAAAGCGCUAGUGAUCGCUGUCUUCAGACGUCUUCUUACUAGGUCACUUGCUGCGUUCCCCUGAAAAGGCAGUCUUAUAAAUAAGUCUUUCUUUUCUGCAGUUGCUAUGGUGGGCUUUGCAGUACGCUCCCUUAUAUUUCGGAGGAUAAAUCUUUCUGGGUAUCCGUUUUCGUGGAGUAUAUUCCACAGCGGCUGGAGUUCUGCAUCAACAGUCUCAGGAGAGCAGAUGCGUCGCACUCUCGCUGCGUUUAAUAUUUAGAGGAGCAAAACUGUGAACAUUAAUGUAUUGUCUCGUUCAGGUUUUCUUUCGGAAUACCCAACGCUGGAUAGAUCCAUUUUCUUGUCUGUGCAGAAGAACACCGAGGAACGCGAUAUCGUUGCCUGCCUCAAACUCUGCAGAGAACUUUACCUAGGGGUGUGCAUUGUUGAAUUUUUGAACCAGGGCGUCUAUGCCGGUGGUAACAUCCGUCAAACUGAGACGAACAAUGUACUCCCCCCGCCCCCAAAUGAUGGCGGUUAAUGACCUAGUUAAUGGACAGACAGUGGCACGCCGCGCAUGUGUGCACCCACCUCCCUUUUAGGACAAUGUACGGCCGCGUGCCCGUGGUGAGCGAUCGCCCCAACAGCCGUCUUAGUUGUCUAAGGCGCAGUUCCUUCUGUCGCUGGGAGAACAUACAUCGUGGUAGGCAGAAUAAGCCGCAUUCCGGUAAACAGACUUACGACCGGAAAAGAAACAUCACUGGCCACUUAUUAUGUCGAAUAGAUUUAUCCUACUUUCUGAUGCAAUGUGCGCUUCUCAUGGUAAUUUCUUCUGAACGCAUGGCGACCGUGUAACAGGGUACUUGUAAUGUUGGCCAGAGUAAGACCCCCGAACGGACUUCCAGGUACAAAUCACGGAAAAAAUGGUCGAAUAUAAAAUGGUCGAAUGGCUUGUCCAGAUUUUCAGCUUCAUCCUACAUGCGUCGCUGGAAGUAAGAAAGCAACAGAGCGAAAAGUGGAAAUAUUAUCAAUUAGUCAGUCAAUCAGUCAGGACAGUCAGGCGGCACGGUGAUUUUGUUACUGGCUGAUCAUGCAAUGAUCUGUGCCCGUGAGUCUAGCUGCAGAAGGCUUAGCGAGCGGGUAGUGAGCUGGACAUAUCUUUUGGGCGAUCUGUGUCAGGACGAUGCUCACUUCUGGUUUCCUGACUAGUUCGGUUAGGAAAUGGCGAGAAGAUCAGAUGUCAGACUUUGCCAGCCAGAAAUAGCUAAUGCGUACGCCCCUACUGUGCAGUAAACUUGGGAUGUUCUCCCCCACCUUUCCAGGUGAAGAACACAAUCUCCUGCGCAACUCGGAUCACUUCUGGACGACCGAUGCCUACAUGCUACACGACGCAGAAUGUAUUUUGCAGUUUUUAAGGGCGGCCACAGAUUUGGACGAUGAUGCGCCAGCAACAGCGACUGGAGUACCCGGAUUUAGUCUUUCUUCCCUAUACAAACCAUUGGGCAUUGAUCCGUUACGCUACAUGUUCGAUCAGAAUGACAAGGGCCCUGUUCCUGUCUUCAGUAUGCAGAAGAAAGAAUAUUUCAUGCUCGGUAUGUAUUUUGUUUUUGAAGACUGGCGUGCCCUGCAGUCAAAUUGAUUCAGUUUGGAUUCAAGUGAAGUAUCCUCUUCUAGACCAAGAAAAUGGAAAUAACAACGAAACUCUGAAAAAAAAGAGAAGGCAGAAAGAUAUUAGUUGGGAAAUGCCGUAUACCUGAGAAUUUAUUUGAGUUUUUAACUAACUACUGAAACUCAACACAGACCUUUAUUCACCAUACUCCUAAUAACGAGUCAAGUUACGGGCUCUUGUUACUGAAUUCAUUGUUGCAUCCCCUGUAUCGCUAAGCUCUGGCAGCUAACACUAACUUGUUUCGGUCUACGCCAGAGUAUCGGAUCUUGGUUUCAAUCAAUCAGGUUUUGAUGUAGAUGCCCUGAAAUCACUAAUGCGAACGCUGAAAAUGCGAAAUAAAGCUGCCCUGUUCUGCCUCUUUAGGUCGACGGAAGAAAAGAGUACCUGAACCAGACGAUAUCUCCUGGGCGGACCAUUGUCUGCACAAUCCCAGCGAAGAGACGUGUGGUAGCAGUGGGGUCACGCUCUCGCUCUGGAUAUCAAUUCAGUCCGUCGGCCCCUCAAGACUGCGAUACUUUUUGAACUCUGGAGACGUCGGCGAUUGCUCCAGCACUGCUUCGGCCGACUACACCGGCUGGGCAGUGUUCACGCAUGGCACUCUCCUAGGGGUGUCUGUCGGCGAGACCGACAGCGACUGGGAACUGAUGUUAGAUUCAACAAGCUACAAUCUGGGUAAAUUUUAACAUCACCGUUCCAAGUGUUGCCUGGAAUUUGAGAGGAGUGGGUAUUGUCUGACGGUGGUUAUCCCAAAAUUUUAGACACUUGGGUCAACCUUGGCGUGAUUUGGUGUCCAACGGUGGGUCUGACUCUGCUACUCAACGGUGAAGACUACAAUAUGCAGACAACAGUACCCGAAGUCUCCAAGAAGACUGGUCAAGCCCCGCCCUACGUGGUUCUGUCGCGUUACAACACAGAUGACUCAUCUACAUGGCUGACUCCUUCUGAAGCCGAGGAGCGUUCGAACGACCCCAUCAACUAUCCUCUGCCUGUGACAUGGGAGCUGGCCGAUUUUGCUUUUUCUCACGCCGCUUUCGUGAGCCAGGCUAUGGAGCCGUUUGAAUAUGCUCAACACUUUGGCUUCCUAGGCAACAGACUCAUUAGUCAGAAUUCUAAAUACCUGUGGUUUGGAAAUCAACUGACAGAUCCCAAAGUCGGCGACCUGCUUAAGGCUCGCCGUAUGAAACUUCAGCGUAAUCCCGGUCCUGUUAGUGUCGAUGGCAAUUCUGAAAGCUUCUUCGUCACCUACAAUGAACAGAUUCGAUCAGUGGUGCUGAAGAAGGAGACCAUGAUCACAGUCGGUCCACUCGAUCCAGAAACCUGCCCCCAAAAUAUGUCCGCCUGCGCCAAGGUAACGAAACACAGUCAAAGUUAACGAACCUAGAUUGUUCGCCUUUUACUUUCCUCAGAAAUCAAUGUACAAACUUGAUGAAAAUUUUUCGGGAUGGGUAUCUCGAAGUUAGCUUAGAAGAUUAAUUUGAAGAUUUGGACUAAACUCCACCACCACCAUCACCACCAGAAUAACGACGAGGCACGGGAAAAUGGGUCGCUCGUAUUGCAGAUUGUCUUGCGCUUAAUUCCGAGGGUUAGGAUGGAGACUAGAGUAAGGAAAGUUAGGGGAGGUGUAAUGUUGGGGCUAGAGUUAAAUGUAGAAUACGGGAAUAGGUACCCCUGGAAUUCAGUGUAAGGCCUCUUUUAAUACAGGGGAUCCGUAUUCCCGUGUCGACCCGAAUAAGUGCGUAAUAUUCACAAUCUGUCCACAUUUAGGACGUCUUUACUACUGCUCUCUGUGACCAUACUCAAAACUUUAUCUUUGAUUUCAUUUAACCAUUCCUUUGUAAAUUUGACUAUUUUUCUGUAUUACAUGAUCCGUUUGUACGAAAACUGUUUUAGGGGUUCACGGUUGGUGGCUGGUACUCACUCGUUGCGCUCAACCCUACCGGUGAACAUAAAAACCACUCGGAACCUGUCAUUCUCCUCUCCGGUCUCGGAGGAAAUUUUGGUCUCGCGCUGAUCGAAGGCGGUUGGAAAAUUUGUGGCUGGGUAGUGCUGUCUUCUGCAUCUAAAAACCCAAUAACGACAGGUUGUUUUGGUUCCGCUGGAAAACUCACGCUCUCCGUGACCUAUGAUCAGUGGUUCCAUGUUGCUCUCGCGGUCUUCCCACUAGACAGAGAGUUCACAGUGCUGGAUGUGCAAAUUUUGUUGAACGGCAAGGUCAUCGCUGUGUGCAACUACGGUAGCAGUACCGCAGACGUCGAUGCCGCCAUAAACCGAAGCCGGCAACUCUUUGAAACAACGCACAGCGAUCCUGUCUAUCUUAUCGCCUCGUCAAGCGGUCUCCGGAGUGCCGGACUUGCAGUCUCGGUUAUACAGGCCACAACAAAUGCUUUUAUCCAUGAUGCUCGCAUACACGCUUUCCUGGGUCUACCGCACAGUCAAUCUGGUUUCUUUGCGGAUGCAACUUUCUACUGGGCAACUUCUGGCUGGCUUACACACCUGGCCCCGCAUCGGUUAGUGACCAAUGAGGUCACGCGCAGCAAGGGUCGUUAUAAUGAGGAGAGUAUGGCUUUAUGCACCAGUGGCGACGCCCAGUCAUAUAUUGUGCUCACAGGCGACACUCGUUCAGGGAGCCUUACAUCGAACCUGGCUGCCUCAUGUCUUUUCGGCUCUCUACGGUGUCAGGAAUUCAGUGUAAUGAUAGACUUCACCUUGAAGGAGACUCUGUCACCCGACGCAGAAGACAAGUACGUGAUCAGUGCACCACCUGGCAACGAAAACGCCAACAUAAUUGGGUUUCAGCUGAUACUUCAACCAAGAAAAAACCAGCUUGCAGUUGUUGUUCGAUCAUCGCUAUUAACUUGUCGUAAUCAUGGUAAUAUGAGUCUCCUCGGAGCAGCCAAUACGUGGAAUUACAUCCAAGUGUUUGUCUACAGUACAAGACCGCCCGACAUAAAGGUAAAUGGCGAGAUUCUCAACACCGGAGGAACGGGAGUUUGCGUAAUUGAGCGCAAUAGUAUGGCUCCUGCGAAUGGACUCAUCUACCCAAGGAUUGUGGUUGGACAGAAUAUCAGCCUUUGCGUAACUGAUAUCGCCGUAGCAGAAGGAGAGCCCGACUCUGAUGGGGGACAAACACCAGAUAUAAGUCUUUCUCAAACCUGUUACGACGAUACGGACUUUGUGUUCGGCCUGGAAGGUAGCGAGCCAAAUUUUCUGUCCGUUCCGGGCACGGCGUCGCUUCUAGCUUCCUUCAACAGCUCUCUGCCUGAGCGUCCAGGAACAGGUUGCCUGACCAGUCCUGACACUAGUUGUGACAUCUUCACGAUUUCAUUUUGGUUGAUGAUUUCUGCUGAAGCCGUGAACAACCGCGAGCCUCAUUUUUCCGAGGUAAACCUUCUAGAAUAAAACAAUGCAUGUCUAUCUUAUCCACGUGUUUAUAGAGCUGAGGUACACAUGUAUUCUACUAAAGCCACGCCGGCAUACUUGUCACUCCCCCAAAAGUACUGUGAACCGUGGUAUUCAAGUCUGGCGACAACCGGGAAACCGACGGUGAAAAUUUAGUAGUGAAGUUCUUGCUUUUGCCAAACAACCUGGUAUCUUCACAUUAUGUUUCUUGGCAUGCCUACCUUUCAACAUAUAUAUAUAUAUAUGUGUGUGCAGUGCGUUAUUCCCGACAAAGACAAGGGGACUGGAAUGGUCAUUUCUGGCUUAUCAGCCGUCGUCAGCCAGUCAUACCCAACCCCGAAGUGUGGAACACCCCAGGCUCGAACUCGCGACCUGUUAGUUAGAAGUCUAAGCCUCCAAACCACUCGGUCAUGAGCCCGUUGCCCUGUCGGUUUCUAACUAACAGGUGGCGAAUUCAAGCCUUGGGUGUUGCACACUUCGGGGUUGGUUACGACUGGCUGACGACGGCUGAUAAGCCAGAAAUGCACUUCCAGUCUUCCUUAUCUGUGUCGGUAAUAACAUACUGCAUACUGAAAAUUCACGAGUACAACUCGAUCCUUUCCGACGAGCCUUCUAUCUUCUUCAUAGAUAUAUAUGUUGAAAGGUAGGCAUCCCAAGAAACAUAAUGUGAAGAUAGUAGGUUGUUUGGGAAAAAGAAGAACUUUAUUAGUAAAUUUUCACUGUCGGUUUCCCGGAUGUCGCCGGACUUGAAUAACUGUACAAACACAGUCAAAAUUUCAAGCGUGCCAACAAAUCAACACCUCUCCGACCUUUCCGCCAGUAGGCGUCCGCCCCAUACGCUAUUGUGUAUCGAUUAGAUCUUGUCUCUUCCACCUUUCCUUUGGAGUUUUGUACAUGGCGUUUAACUCAUUGUGCCGAUUAAUGCGUGAUUCACCUGAGUACAUUGUUUCCAUAAACCCUCGACCUUUUUGGUAGGGCAGACGUGAUGACGCGAGUCUUAUCCCAUGCAAAAGCAUGCCUGGUGUCUAAUGUGUGCAUGGCCGUUCGAGAUAGGUGGUCUCGCCUCUUAACAGCUAACUGAUCUUCGUGAAUACGUCUGGAGGCGAACUUUCCAGUUCGGCCACCAUAUACGGCGUCGCAUGUUUCACAUGAAAUCUUGUGGACGAUUUCCUUCUUCUGAUUAUACUCAGUGGUUGAUAAUAUUUCCGUUGGACUGUCGUACUUUGAGAACCUCUUCCACUUGUUCUGUGAUGGCCAUGGCAGUCACUUCAUUAUUGUCCUAGCUGGGGCAGCGGUCACUUCCGAUACCGUGCUCAAAGCCAAAAGACAAGAGUUGUGUUGGCGAACAGUUUGAUCUUGUUCGUUAGUAUGAGUCUCAGUGUGUCGACCCCUGUGACCAACGUACACGCAUGAGAAGUUAGCGCAUGAGAUGCGGCAAACGACGCUAGUUUUCCGCUCUUUAGGAAUAAAUCUCUCCGUGCAAAGAGGACGCCGGGCUUGUGGAUAACGCAGAUGCCAAAGUAAUUUAGUUCCCGAAAGACCUAUUCAAAGUUCCCAUAGAUGAAAGUCAGGACUCGACCCGCUCUCUCUUGGUUACUAGUCAACGGGCUCGUAAUGCUGUUGAUUUCGGUCGGGCAUAUUAACUGCAGUGGAGAAAACUCAUUGAUCGUCUUACGGGACCUAGUCAUCCCUUUGUGCCUUGGGGCUCGAUUUAGAGCACCACAGGCAGCCGCACAUCGACCAGUAAUAUUACAGAAUGGAAGUGGUUGUGACUAGCUAAUGAGGGCUAAUGGGACAGAAAUGGUCAUUUUCUGUCUACUUCGGUAAUGCUACUCUGUCUAUCAAGCCCCCCCCCGCCAUGCAGCAGCUGGCGGAGCUCGAGAGAGAACCCCAAAGCAUAACGGGACGUGUGAGUUCCAUGACGCUCUCGGCGCGAACUCCCUGACAUUACUAAUAUACCCGAUUGUAACCGACAGAACAAUGAGCCCGUGACCCAGUUGUUAGAAGCGUUGGACUUCUAACCAACAGGUCGGGGGAUCGAGCCCCAGGUGUUCCACAUCUCGGGGUUGGGUAUAACUGGUUGACGACGGCUAAUAAGCCAGAAAUGGCUAUUACAGUCUCCCUAGUCUCUGUCGGUAUUAUUACUCUGCAUAUAUUAGGCGCCGCUGCGCGGCUACUGGUUGGGCUCGAGAAGGAGCCUUGAGAGACGACGGGACGAGUGAGUUCCGUAACACGAUCGGUGAGCGUCCUUCUACCAUUAUAUAUGUAUAUGCAUAUGUGUAUUUGGAUAGAGGCGAAAAUGCUGACCCCAGGUGUUGAGAUGGAGGAGGGAAGUAAGGCGAUCUCUGGGGAAAAAGAUUUAAUCAUCUGAAACCUCGCGCUCAUACUCGAUCGCAUUAUCGUAGAUAGACAAAAUGAGAAAUAUAUGGUUUAAAUAGGUCAUUCGCACUCCUCUCGCACGUAAGUGGUGUCGAUGGCCUCGUAUGGCUUUGAUACCGCGGAUGAUCGAGUUUGCGUCUGAUUGCCAGACUGCGUUUUUUUUUCUUGCUAGCUUGCUUUCGGCUUUUCUGAGCACUUGAGCACCGUCAAAUGACUCAGCCGUCUUCCCCAGAGACCGUCUUACCCUCCUCUUCUAUCUAUGCUUUAUGAUACGGCAACGAUCGGAUGAAGGAUCCCAAAUACAAACGAUCAGCCAAAGGUGCCCGUCUUAUGGGUAAGGUGGUAAUGGGGGUUUUACGGGCGGGGCACGUGUACGCAUAGAGGGAUGACAAAAUAAGUAUAGAUAAUUGGUAAAUUCGUUUUUCGGGCGGAAACUUUUUAAUGAGUUGACAUAUAGCAGCCGAAAUUAAGUAGUUCAAUUAAACAAAUAAACAUUAAGUGUCUACAACGAUCGCUUCUCAACUCUCUCAGCUGUGCUCACUGUAUAAUUAUAGUAGGUAUUCAAUGUAUACCACAGGUGCUUGGGGCAGGCACCUUUGGCUGUUCGUGUGUGUUUGAGGUUCUUCGCGCGAUCGUUACCUAUGAUACCUUCGCGUGUCUUCAUGUACCAGCAGCUUGAAAUCAGUGCAAAACAGCUGUAUUUUAACUAAGAAAUGUGCUGCGAAUAUGCUGAUAUAAUAAUCAAGCCAGAUUGCUGAAUGCUAGAUGGAUUCGGCGUGAACAAUGCUCAUCUAUCCAACACGAUAAUCCAUAGAAGGCAAAUAAAGAGAAUGCGUCCCUCAAUUAAGUCCACAAUUAUCAGUUUGAAUUCAUAAGCCAUUUAAUUGACCAGGUUUUACAUUAUAUAUAAUUCGCACAUUUGUGUUCCUAAAAGAUUCUCGAAUUUUCUUCUAACAGGAUGAGCUGCUUGUCCUCUCCACUGGCCCUCCGAAAUUCAAGGGUCUGGCAGUCUACGUGCAGUAUGAAGCUAGGUCUAAGGGCGUUCACCUUAUAGUUGAAUAUCGGGAAGAAAAGACUUUGAGUCGCGUAUUUGCCAUCGACCUAUUUCAAGUAGGAGAGUGGACAAAUAUUGGAAUAGUGUAUGUCGCACCCACAGAGAACAGUGAAGCAACGCUUGAAGUUUAUAAAGACGGAGAGGCGUUGGUAUCAACAAGUAUGCCCAUGCCGAUGUCUCUACUCCAUCUAUCAUCGAACCCGAUCCCUGGAAUAUAUCUCGGAAACUCGGUCCGUAAAAUAGCUAAUAUGUCGGAGGCGAACGUAGCCUCCGGCACUAUUAGUUCUCUCGGUAAGUGAAAUUUACCGAAGAUAAGGCAUUAAUUUAUUUAAUAUACCUAACGCUAAACUUCAUCGUAGGCUCGCAAAUGUCACCCAAUUCGCCUUGCUGUUAAUGACACUUCCUUAAGGAAGAAGUUUCUUCCAAUUCAGGUUAACAGACUGUUAAAAAGGCUGGGAUAUAACAAAACUCAAGAGUCUCUUCUGUACCUACCAAGACAAUAGAUGCUCUCUAGCUCAGUAGGAACUCCGCACUUUUCGUCGAGUUCCACCAUCCUGAGCGGCUGGAAAAAUUUCAAAUAUGCCUUUUCAAUCGUAGCUCUUACGACGGUUUCAGUACACAGAGCGGAUUUUUGUUCUAUACUAUCUGCUAUUUCCGAGAAUUUCGAAAACUUGAAAAAAAGUUGCUUUUAACCUAGCAAUCUGGUCAAAGCGGGGAGCAUCUUGUGGAACUCCAAGGCAGACAAGAAAGUCACUGCUGGGGGAAUGCGCACUUAACGAAAGCAUUCCCACUACGGAGGUCUGUCAGAACAUCCAGCAUUGUACAACCAUGUAUGGAGGAGUCUGUCUCGAUGAAAAUCUGGUAAGUCCACAAGAAUGGUUAUGUUUGCUUUACUUUGAGUACAAUAGCGACUAUUUCAUACGCGGUUCUCGCCCCUCUAAAGUAACCACAGUCAAUAAAACGUGUCAUUUCUGACUGUGCAUCAGCAAUAACUAACCCGUUUUCCUUUUAGGCUAAUAUUUAUUCAAUGGCCAAGAGCAGAUGGCUCAUCUACAACCCACUCGGCUUGCUCGAGUUACUACGUGUAGCCAAGCGACUGCUAGCGCUUGCAGAGGGCCAUCCGGUGAAGAGCGAUGAGGCCAGGCUUUUGUGGGCAUCUUCAGCGCUGCUCAGCAGGCUUGCAAACGUGGAUUUCAGCGACCCCACUGAGAUGAGGUUCUUGGUCUCAGAAUUCGCAAGCAAUAGUGAAUUUCUGCUAGAAAUGGUACAAUGUAUGGAGAGCCCUACUUUUUCAGAAACAUGGGUAGGAAUGAGAAACCUCACUGCGAUGGAGGUGCCCAACAUUUUGUCGGUCGUAAGCGGAUUUUUAGAGAGCAUCUUCGUGUACAGUACCAUUGGAAAGCAGGACGUCUCUGUUUUGGCCAAGGUUGAGCAAAAUACGUUGGGUUUUUUCAAGCGGCCCGGCGACUUUGGGAGUUGGGCAGAUGGCGGUUAUCUGAUGCCAAACUUCAAGAUCCACUUCAUCGAAAAAGGACUUCAGGAGCAGCAUCGAUCUCAGAUCUCGAAUAGGUCGUCAGACCAGAAAGAAGCCUUCAUUAUUAGUUUUGCCAGGUUUCAGGCUGUCUCACCAAAUAUAACUCUUGAUCUACUGGCGCUGCCUCGCACAGCUAACUGGACCACUGAUGAAGUGCAAAGUGGACAUGGUAAUGCGAAAGUCAAGGGUCUGCUACCGAUCUAUAGCGGAAUUCAGCGUGUGUCCACGUUACCCACUUAUAUCUCUGGAAACGUGGUCCACUACGAGACAGCCAUUCCCUUAAUCGUGGAGAAUGAGUACAAGGCCGUAGCAUUCGCUCGUAUCACAGAUGCUAUGCACUGGAAAGCUAAGGAGAUUGCCAGCGUGGGAAGCUCUGAAAUGGAGUUUGGAGUGCAGUGCGUCUACUGGAACGAAUCCUCAACUUCUCCAGACAAUCGCUGGGAUCCGUCCAUCUGUACAAAAGUUACUGGUAGCCUCACUUCUGUGACCUGUCGAUGCAAACAUGCGGGCAUCUUUGCAGUUGCAAUGGAAUCGCCCGAGUUUGGGGGACAUCCGGAAUCAUACUGGAAGGUUGUAGGCGCCCCCAGCCUACGAGUUUUCAAUCUGGUCAAGGUGUGCUUAAACGCCGGUGGCAAUAGUCUCUCCUUCUUUGCUCUUAUCAGCCUCUUUGUUUAUCUAUACAAAAAGCAAACAGAGUCUGAACUUGCCGGACAGAAUAAAAUCAAAAUUAAUUUCACAUUGGCUCUGGCAAUUUACCACUUGACCUUCAUGCUCAUCCCCUUUUUGGAACAAUUUAAGACUGGCUGUCUGCUUACUAGCAUCCUUCUGCAUUUAUUCGGCUCAGCCUAUCUGGCUUGGCACGCCUGUCAGUGCUUUUAUCUCUUUGGAGCUUUAAUUAAUGGAUCGCUGGCCAACAGAAUCAAUCUGUACAUUUUUAUUGGCUGGAUCAUUAGCUCCAUUACAGUUCUUAUUGUCUGUGCUACCUCGGCUGCUGACUACGGCCUGGGUCGAUUAUGCCUACCUGCAGCAGAAUCGUCUGCCAUGUAUGUUUUCAUCAGCCAGACAGCUUUCUGGCUGUUCUUAUCUCUCGUCUGCUGCUUUAUUCUACUCUGCAAUGUGGACACUCCAGCCUACCUCAAGCCACUGAUAAUAGAAGCGCUUCAGUAAGUUUUCAACUUUCUUUAUGGAAGCAUGCUGUUUAUUAACAACGUAGUUGGUAGUAAACAACCGUGGGUACACUUCUGUGAUAUCUGAUUUUAGACAUGGGAUGUGGCUGGUUAUCGCCCUCACAGCAUACAUCACUGUCAACUUCCACUUUUUCCUCGCAUAUCUGUACAGCAACACAGCGUAUGUAGCCUUCAUCUACUGGGCCUUAAAUGCCUUUCAGGUUAGUGGCAAAAAUUACAUUCAUACAUCUCUGUCAAAAAACAUUUAGUAUCCUUCUAUGAAAGUUAACAUUUUCGUGGGGUUUUUAUGAAAUGAUCGACUACGUUAGACUGCAGUUUUCUGAUAGCCAGACCUUCAUAAAAUAAAUAACAGUAAAGCACCCGGCUGUGUGGAACAGAAGAUGCGGUUUUACUUUUUUCCUCGUCAUAAAUCAUACACGUUAACCAAGUGAAGAAGAUCUAGCAUUCAGGUUAAUGGGAAAUCUGAGAGAAGAGUUUGUUGCAUAUACAUGAGUUUAUUCAUAUCAACCGUCGGUUCGCGAAGUGAGACAAAAUCCCUUCCUGUACUUAAGAAGUUGGGCCGACCUGGUAUAAUGUAGUUGAGUGAACUGACCCAGUGAUUCAGUGGCGCCUUUUGGUCCUGAUGUUUUGAAUAAUCAUCCCGUAAACAGAAUGUACAGAUAUUUAGGCACUGCACCCAGAUUAUACAGGCUGGAAGUUACAUAUCUUCCGCGUUAUUAGGCUCUGGCCUCCCCUCUCACUAUAAUUGUUCCAUUAACCCAAUCCACUCUUGGCUGAAGUGGAGGGCUACAUGUCUGGAAUGACUAGUUGAUGACUCUUAGAUGUCCAUCCAGCAGCUCUAGGGGACAAAUGUAUGCGCGCACGCGUACAAAACAUGUACGGUGAAGAUGACUCAUCCUUUCCUGACUGGCUUCUCCUGACCAAUCCUACUAGAACAAAGCUGUCCGCGUAAGCACUUGCCACUGAUUCCAUCGGGAAGCCUGAAUGCGUCUGCUUGCAGCCAGUGCCUUCGCUGAAAACCCUUGAAAUUUACAGGAAUGACGUAAACCAGUGGAGCACUCGGGGGACACAUUAAUGAGCUGAAACCCUCGCAGUUUCAUCCUGCAGCCAUAGAAAAUCGGCGCAACGUGUGUUUGAGUUUUGACCAUUACCUGCGCUGAGAGAGUGGCAAAGCCAUCUGAAUGAACAACUAAGCUCCUGUACCCUGGGAGCCCUACGUGACAGCCGAAUUAGGCAGGACUAACCGUCGACGACCUACAAGGCAGGAAUGGCCAUUUCGUUUUCUAUUUUUUCUUUGUCAGUACUCCUACAUAAUUUGCGGCCCUGCAUGUUGACAGGAGAGCCUGCUAAUCGUGAGUAAAAAAAUCGAGAUUUGAGUAGCUCGUCGCGACUGAGAAAAGAGGUCUGAUCGACUGUGGGGUGAAGAAAUUGCUUUGAUUGUUCUGGCUGCUCAUUCGAAUAACAAUUUACAGUGCAGACUGAUGUCGAGAAUGUCUGCAGACUGUCCGGCAAUCAGAAGUUAAAAGAAGCGAAAAUUUUGGUCAUAUACUCCUCCUCCCCCUCCUCCCCCUCCUCCCCCUCCUCCUCCUCCUCCUCCUCCUCCUCCUUCUUCUUCUUCUUCUUCUUCCUCUUCUUCUUCUUUUCCUUCACCACCACCACCACCACCACCACCACCACCACCACCACCACCACCACCACCACCACCACCAUCAUCAUCACCAAUAGCAGCUGCAGUAGCAACAAUCGCUUCAAUCUUCAACCUUUCCUGUCCUUUGAUUUCUUCUGCAAUGUCCAUCAUAGUACUUGUAUUUUACGGCAAACUAUUCAUUUAGGGAUAUAGUGGUUAGUGCAGUACGAAUACCUUAUCUGCCAAGAUAGUCAAGCCAGGUCGUGGUUAGCAGGCAAAAAUGACGAUAGAAAACAGCAUGAGAGUCUCACUUUGUACAGGAACCUGAGCCACUGUUUCAGGUUGCGAUGACUGCUGGUUAGAUCACGGUAUGCGCCGAUGGCGUUAGAUCGCGCUUGAUCCAGAGAGCGAGUCCCAUUUUUGUUCAUUUUUCUGGGUUUCUGGGAGAAAGUAAAGAAUCAUGUUUCCCUAUGGGUCUCGUUAGAUUAUAUAAUGCAAAAAAGAGUAAACAUAUUUCGGUGCAUGUGUGUAUCCGUGUUGCAGGCGAUCUGACUGCUUUUAAGGGCAACAGGCCUGGGAGAGUUCGUAGUGCUGGAUAACCUCGACGAGGGAAGAUUGUUGAAGGGAGACGAUGAGGGACGCAGUGAUGGCCGUCGUCUACGGUCACCAUAUUUUCAGGUUCUUUUAACCGUUUUUAUUCACACAAGAUCUUCCACAGACCCAUAUAAGUUUUCUCUAACAGUGUCCAGUGCAGCCGUAAAGUUGGCGUUUUAAUGCACUUUGCCAUAAAUAGGAUGUCUAUGUCACGAUAGAUCGCCGACGAUGCUGCAUGUUUUUGCAUCAAGGGUAUGGUUUGCGGCUGUGGUUACCCCGGCGAGCAUUUACGUCGAACAAGAGCCGAACAUCUAAGAACUUUGUGGUAUCGAAAAUUUCGAUCCUCCAUAUUGUCACCAAUUAAAAGGUGACACUGUCUGACCAUUUAAUAAUGAUGGUAGUAAAUUUAAUGCCUCUCUUAAGGCAUUGUCAAAAACGUAUGGCAUUGUCGUUUUUUUUACUCCGAUGACUACCUUAAAACAUCUUGCCCCACCAUCAUUCAACAGCUACCGCGAGGUCUUUUUAUUCCUUCCUCUGGCAGGUACAAAUAAAUAAUACCAGUAAUUUUCUUUUAACACGAUUGCUCCCUCGAGUAAGUGACUCCGGCCACAAACCAUGCCUUGCCGUUUCUACCUAUGGACCAACUCCCUUGUGUCCCUGCUCUGCCAACUAACACAAGGAUGAACAUGCCACCAUGCCAAAAAAUAAUCAAAGCCUUUACCAUCGCAUUGCAUGAGAUAUCUUAUAAAAGACGGUUAUUUGAACUGAAGGGAAUUUCGAACUCCGUCCGAUAAACUCGGAAGCGCGCAGAAUCGUAAUUAAUUCUUGCAUAUAAAAGGUCAGCUCUUUUCACCAUAUCAAAUAUCAAGGACAGGUAGACAAGAGUGCGUGCUAUCCGCAUUGGAAAUGAGCAUUGUACCUAAGAUAUGUAAAUUCACCCUAAUUUCGACAGAAAUGACAGCAAUGAGCACAAAAAGCGUUUGAUAAUCUUUUGCUUUUUUGUUAUUUGAGCCACAGCUGCGACCAUUUGCGUUCCAUAUCAGAUUUUUGAAAUGCGUCCCAGUUUUCAGUGGUAGAAUCACCACUUUCAGGCAAUCAGUGGUAGAACUUGAAGGAAGUCGCUUGGGUCACAGUUUCUCAGACCCCGCCUCGAAAUUUGUUUCAAUACUUUAGUUAAAUAUCGCCAACGAAUUUACAACUUCUACCUGAGCUCCGAGUGCACAGCACAAAAUCACAAGAGAAACAUUGAGUGACCCGCUUAUUAGCCAGAACCGGGCUCUUGAAUUUUGAGUCUGUAUCCACCUUGGCGGCAUAAUUACAUCGCGUACCGAGGACAAAUCAUACAACUGAUAGAUUUUUGCGUAUGAACAUACGCCGCCAGUCCACUCGAGGUGGAUAGUACCCAGGUCUUAAAAAUGUUUGGGUCUAACCUGAGAUUAGUGUACUGUAAAUUUACUCCAAGUUCUAACAUUAUCUUCCGAAUAAAAUCCCAUCUGGAGAAUUACGUGUUCCCCCAUCCACCUACUAACUGUUUUGUCGGCAAGACUGUGCUUGAAAAUUCCCACCAGUGAACCUAACUUUGUUUUGUGUAUGACCUUCGGCUUUACCAGCGCACACUUUCCCUAGCAACGCAAUGAAUACUUUGGAGCCAGAUCGCUCGGUGUCGCUGCAAUAGACUUGCAAAAUGUGUGGUGAAAACUCGUUGUCAAAUGUUCCUUUUCAGGGCGUCAUGGUGGCCCUAUGCUUCGGCCUGUUGGACGUGAAUCAUGUCGGUAGGAAAAGACGAAAGAAAGUUCACGACUCUCCUGUUCAAGAAAACUGUAUUGAUGGGAACGAAGAACUCAACGGCAAGGCACCCUUCGAUGAAACCUACCCGACACCCUACGAGGAAUGUGAACCGGCGAUGGUGGACUACGAGGACUGGGACUCGAUUAUGAAGGAGAAGGGUGCUUGA